AUGACAUGCUGCAAUAACUCCGCCACCGGCGAGUUCAAAAUCCGUUGUGGCAUCUCAACCAUUGCUUGCCCUUCAUAUGGGCAUAACAUAUGCUCCCAAGAUGAGGGAAUACAUGACUAUUUGCCGGGGUUACCAUCGGGGGUGACAAGUUUUAUAAUGUCAAAUCUUACAAAACUCGAAUUUGUGGCUCUGGACAUCACUGGAAAUAACUAUUUAUCAUGGGUACUAGAUGCUGAAAUUCACUUAGAUGCAAAGGGUCUUGGUGAGGCUAUUAAGGAGGGAAAUGAAGAAAGUACACAAGAUAAGGCCAAGGCCAUGAUUUUCCUUCGCCAUCACCUCCAUGAAGGUCUUAAGGCCGAAUAUUUGACUGUUAAGGGCCCUCAAAUUCUUUGGGCCAAUCUAAAGGAAAGAUAUGACCACCAGAAAACUGUGAUUUUGCCUAAAGCUCAUUAUGAGUGGCUGGAUUUAAGAUUAUUGCAAGACUUUAAGUCUACACAAUAUCGUGAAAAAGGCUUCCAGAAAUAUUCUGAAUUAAUUUCUUGUCUCCUAGUGGCGGAGCAAAACAACGAGCUGCUAAUGAAAAACCAUGAAUUACGCCCAACUGGCUCUGUUCCAUUCCCUGAAGCGAAUGUGAGUUUACACAAUGGGCAAGAAUUAAAAGAAACACACCAUGCAAAUAGUAGUGUGCGUAGCCGCGGACAUAGAUAUGGAUAUGGUCGAGGUGGUCGUUUUAAAAAUUCACAUUCCUACCAGAAGUGGGAUCGGAAAAAUGGUAACAGGGAAAAGAAAGAAAAAUGUGAAAAUGUGACUAAUGUAUGCUAUCGUUGUGGAGGAAAAGGACAUGGGUCUCAUGUGUGUCGCACACAAAAGCAUCUAGUUGAUCUUUAUCAGCAGUCCAUAAAACAGAAGGGAAAGAAAGUAGAAACCAAUCUUAUGUAUAAAGAUGGCGAAGGUGAUUUUGAUGAUGGCAAUGCAACCCACUUAGAAGUGACUGAUUUUCUUUCUACCCCUAAAGGAAAUUAUUAA